AUGAUCAGCUUCAUCUUCUGCUUGGCACUACUAGGAAUCGCCCUGGGCGGCGAUGCCUUCAUGUUCACGCCCGAUACAUCGGAGGAAGUGAUAGACCCGCGUCUCCCAACCCUCUACGACAUCCCCUGGUCCCAAACCCUCUCCACCCCUUCGAUCGGUACAAGCUCCUACUGGACAAGCUCGCACAUCACCGCCACCAACGGGCACCAGUACCUGCUACUCUCACACAUCGUAAUCACCCUCUCACCCUCACCCUCCUCCUCACCCAACCCAGCAUUCUACUGCGCCUCAAUCCUCGACCUAACCAACACGAGUACGCCAAACUACCACUCCUACGUCUCCCACACCACCAUCACCUCCACCCAACUCACCAACCUGAACCUCACCACCACUGCCCCCGACCCGGGGUCUGAUUAUGACUCCAAUUCCGAUUCUGAUUCCGGUUCCUCAUACGGCUUCGUCUCCCUCACCCCCGACAAACUCACCACCAUGCAAACAUGGACCUCGCACCCCAACGUCACAUUCAACGUGACCUUCGAAGCCACCACCCCUGCCUUGAUCAACGGCGGCACCGGGUCAUUCACAUACGGCGACGGCCCCACGCACGAAUGGGCCCUUCCGGGCUGUCGCACGACAGGGUCCCUUGUUCUCGAUGGUGGGGGUGGCGGUGAUAGUGGCGGUGUCGGACGGGAAACCGUAACCAUCAUCCCUGAGCGCUCUGUGACCUGGUAUGAUCGGCAAUGGGGGCGCGGGAUGCCCGGCUCGGGGAACUGGACGUGGUUUGGACUGCAUUUUCAUUUCGGGGGCGAGGGCGAGGGCGAGGGCGAGGGUGAUGCCUCGGCUACGGCUCCGGCCACGGCCACGAAGGCGAGUAUCUGGGUGGUUGAUAAUGCGGAGCCGUGGAGACGGGAUCGGUUCGCGACGGUGAGGGUCGGUGGGCGUGGUGGGCGGACGGAGGUUUUGGCGGUGGAGUGUGUCGCGAAUAUGGAGAGGGUGUGGAGGUCGAAGAGGACUGGGGUGGUGUAUCCGCUUGAGUGGGAUGUUGAAUGGGCGGGCACUGGUGGUGGGCGGUUGAGGGUGAGGAUCCCGGGGGGGGUGGAGGAUCAGGAGAUGGUCGGGGUGGGGAGGGGGGAUACGGCGUAUGAGGGGUUUGUGGUGGUCGAGGGGUGGAUGGCGGGGAGAGAGGUGGUGGGGUUUGGGGUCGUGGAGAUGGCGACGUUUGUUUGA